GGCCCUUGCUGGCCCACUCCUCUGUAACCAACUUUGGCUUCUAUUCCUGGCAUUUUGUGUGGCUUUGUUUUUGUAGCCAUCACUGACCAGUUAGCGUGAUUCUUUCCUUCCUUCUGAUUUGCAAAUCAAUCAAUCAGAGCAUGUUGGCUGUUGUUCUUGUCUUUGGUUCUUUGCUGCUGUUCAUAGUUGCUGGAGGUUGCUACUUCUUUGCUAAAAUUUUUUUCUUUUCUUUCUCCCCUUAUUCUAGAAUUGGAGCUUUCUGAAUGCUUGAAGGUGCCAGAAAGGGUUUCCAUUUGUGAUUCUAUUCCUAUCAUUCCCCCUUUACUCUCAGUUAAAAGUGAAAAUAUUGUUUAGGAGGAAGAACCUUGGUUAGAAAAAUGCACGUCGGUCAGGCACACAAUAGCUGAUUAUUUGUCUGAAUCAAGGACCAUGCAUUUAAAAAAUAACUACGCCUUCCUCCUCCCCUUACUCCAUGCUCAUCGUCAGUGUCAAGCUAAGGUAACAGGUGUUUUGGUAGGUUUGGUUGAGCCUGAAUAGAAGACUCGACCUCUUGAGCCAAAGCCAGUCAGCCGUAAUGGAUGAACAUACUGUUUCCUUGAGUCCUUUGCUCUUUGUCAUUAAAGAUGGCAGAUCUGUCUGAAACUGAUGGCUUGAUCAGUCAAGAGGUACAAUAGAAUUAGGUCAGAAAAAGAAACGAACCAGUUGCCACCGAGUUGAUUCUGACUCAUGACGACAGCUGUUGAUUUGUUAAAGGUUUGAUACUUGCUGUUUACUGGUUGUUUGCACUUUACAUAUUGUUCAUUGUAUAAUCGGGAAUUUCUUUGUAAAUGUUUGGUUUUCAGGCUGGUUGGAAGGAAAAUCACGCAACAUUCAUGAGUGAACUAAAAAAUCUUCAGGCUUCUGGACUGACUACUCUUGGUCAGGCUCUAAGAUCCUCAUUUGAUUUGUUAAAUCUCAAUAGAUUAAUAUCUGGAAUAGACAAUUAUGGACAGGGUAGAAAUCCAUUUUUUUUAGAACCAUCUAUUUUAAUAACCAUCACAGAUGGAAACAAGUUAACAAGUACUGCUGGUGUUCAAGAAGAGCUUUAUCUUCCUUUGAAUUCUCCUCUGCCCGGAAGUGAACUAACCAAAGAACCUUUUCGUUGGGAUCAAAGGUUAUUUGCCCUGGUGUUGCGUUUGCCUGGAGUGGCUUCUACUGAACCAGAGAAUCUAGGGAGUGUACCAACUGAUGAGUCGGCCAUCACACAGAUGUGUGAAGUCACAGGGGGUCGCUCCUAUUGUGUCAGAACACAAAGAAUGCUGAAUCAAUGUUUAGAAUCUCUAGUUCAAAAAGUUCAGAGUGGUGUCGUUAUUAACUUUGAAAAAACGGGACCAGAUCCACUUCCUAUUGGCGAAGAUGGACUUACGGAUUCAUCUAGGCCAAGCAAUCCAUUUGCUGCUCAACCCUGGCAUAGUUGUCAUAAGCUCAUUUAUGUACGACCGAACUCUAAAACUGGUGUUCCUGUUGGACAUUGGCCAAUUCCAGAAUCUUUUUGGCCAGAUCAGAAUUUACCGUCACUACCUCCACGAACAUCUCAUCCUGUUGUGAGGUUCUCCUGCGUAGAUUGUGAGCCAAUGGUAAUAGACAAACUUCCCUUUGACAAAUAUGAACUUGAACCUUCACCUUUAACUCAGUACAUCUUGGAACGCAAAUCUCCCCAUACCUGCUGGCAGGUAUUUGUUAAUAACAGUGGAAAAUACAAUGAACUUGGAUAUCCAUUUGGUUAUUUAAAAGCCAGUACGACUUUAACUUGUGUAAACCUCUUUGUGAUGCCUUACAACUACCCAGUUUUACUCCCUCUUUUAGAUGACUUGUUUAAAGUUCACAAACUUAAGCCCAAUCUGAAGUGGCGACAGGCUUUUGACAGCUACUUAAAAACUCUGCCUCCAUACUUCUUAUUACCAUUAAAGAAAGCACUAAGGAUGAUGGGAGCUCCAAAUCUGAUAUCAGAUAAUUUAGAUUGUGGACUUAGUUACAGUGUUAUCUCUUACCUUAAAAAACUCAGCCAACAGACCAAACUAGAGUCAGAACGAAUACUAGCAUCAGUAGGGAAGAAACCUCCACAGGAAAUCGGAAUCAAAGUGAAAAAUCAUUCUGGAGGUGGAAUGUCUUUGACUCACAGUCAAAAUUUUAGAAAGCUGUUGAAUGAAAUCACAGGGGAAGCUGCACUAAGACUGGCAGAAUUGAGUACCAAAGAAUUUGCUGGUUUCCAAAUAGGGCUCUUAAACAAGGAUUUGAAACCUCAGACAUACAGAAAUGCUUAUGAUAUUCCACGUAGUGGUCUUUUAGACCAAUUAACCAGAAUGAGAUCUAAUCUGUUGAAAACACGCAAGUUUAUUGUUGGCCAAGAUGAAGAUUCACUUCAUAGUGUUCCAGUUGCACAAAUGGGAAACUAUCAGGAAUAUCUGAAGACGUUGCCUUCUCCACUUCGAGAGAUUGAUCCAGACCAACCAAAAAGACUUCAUACUUUUGGCAAUCCAUUUAAACAAGAUAAGAAGGGAAUGAUGAUUGAUGAAGCAGAUGAAUUUGUAGCAGGGCCUCAAAACAAAGUGAAACGUCCUGGAGAACCCAACAGUCCUCUGUCAUCUAAGAGAAGGCGGAAUGCUACUGUCAUUCAUGAUUGCCAUGAGGAGGGGAUGGAAAAUGGUCAAACAGCACCUGAUGGCUUCUUGUCAAAAUCUGUCCCUCCAAAGCUCGUGAAUAUGGCAGGAGAUGAUAUUCCAGCCAACAGAUUGGAUUCUCCGUCUGAUGACUUCGCUUGUUUCAGGAAAGAUGGACUGAUUCACAAACCUGGUAGUAAUGCACUUGGAGGAGGAACUGUAAACUGCAGUCUCUCAAUAGACGGCCCCAAAGUCACAACAAUGUCUACUUUGGGAACUGUGGCAAAUACAUUGCAAAUAACUCCUGCUAUGGCACAGGGAAUCAAUGCCGAUAUAAAACAUCAAUUAAUGAAGGAAGUUCGAAAGUUUGGACGAAAGUAUGAGAGAAUUUUCAUUUUGCUUGAAGAAGUGCAAGGACCUCUGGAAGUCAAGAAACAAUUUGUUGAAUUUACCAUCAAGGAAGCAGCAAGGUUUAAAAGACGAGUCUUAAUUCAGUACCUUGAAAAUGUACUAGAAAAAAUAAAUUCCCACCACCUUCUCAACAAAGUUAAUCACAUCAACCACAGAUCCUCAUGUUAUCGCAAAGAUCAGUGAGAAACAAGGACGAGUCUUCCGUGCUCUAGAAUGGAACCAGAUAUUGCUGAAACUUCCUAGAGUGUGGCAGUCAAGGGAAUUGUCUUCCAGAGGCCAAAAAAAAGCAGUGGAGCUUUUCAAUGUUAUGAUCCUCUGUCAGUAAAAGCUGAGAUUUUGCCCUAAGAAUUUUCUUUGAAAGUAUAAUUUGUUGGUUUUUUGUUUGUUUUCCAUUUGAGGAGGGUGAUGUUGUUAAUUCAGUAAACAUUGCUGCCCCUACCAAAGUGAUAAGGGUUCCUUCAUUUGAACUGUGCCCUUCUGGGCAUUUUCAGAGUGACUAGGGGCCACUUGUAAGUGGAACACUCCUUGGUGCUCUUACAAUGUCCUUUAGAAGGAAUAGGUUCACAGAAUCCAUCUGGUAAUCUUGUGUAUGCCAAACAAAGUUUUCAGCAAUUCCUCGUUGUGCCUUUUAAACCAUGAAAGAUUCAGGAUGGUUUGAAUCAAAGUGUAAAGAAGCUGCUAUUUUGGAUUUUAUUGAACAGUAAAGGCAUCCCUAUAACUUAUUUCUCUGUGGGAGGGGCAGGAGGGAGUCACAAAGCAAUCUACCUCCAACUCCUUUCUAUUUUGAUGAGAGACAUUAUAAAGUGCACCU